AUGAUCCUUCGCUGUCAGAGUUGGCUGAGUUGGCGUAGGAACAAUUUUUUGAAUUUCUCCCAAAGAAUAUUCACCUGUGCCUUUCAUCCACUUCAGCAUCCCCUUCACGCCCGUGACUGCGUCCCGCGCGAUUAUGUUUUGCACUUCCCGCAGUUGCUGGUCGACGAGCGCGCGCAGGGCCUGGAGGUCGGCGGCGUGGGAGGCGGAGAAGAGGGAGUGGACGGAAUUUGUGAGGGUGGUGAAGGAUGUUUUGACUUGUUGGAGGAGGGCAUUUUCAAGUUGUUUAACGCUGUCCUCCGCAAUCCUCUGUGCCGAUCGAGCAGAUUUGUCGACCGCAUCGAUUGCUUCAUAUAA